AUGCUGACUACGAUGCCGGCGAAACGUCUGGAAAUGUACCACGUCCACGCCCAGUUGCCGGUUAUCCGUUCUUCAGGGUAUCAAUUAUCACUGGAACUCAUGUCAUUACACCACGAUGAUAUGGUUGGAUCCGGAUUUCUAAUUACUUAUGGCUCAGAUGAAUUGGCGGUUUGCGGUGGAGACUUGGAAAUACCCCUGACUGGCCAGUGGGCCGAUAAAAGCUAUUCUAAUCUAGGAGACAGAGGUGGUCAACCAGGUUCCGGGAUUGCCCUGCCCGACGGCCUCCUUUUGCGCGGCAUUGUCUGCAAUUGGCGGUUACGCCUAAAAGUGAAUACCUCGGCAAAUGGAAUUGGCGGUACAUCACAAUAUACUGGAAACACGGGCACAAUCCAACUUGCUCUCACUGCAGUAGGAAUCAAGAAUUUAGCUAAUUGUACUUACGCCUAUAUCCGCGCAACUGCUACUAAACAUUUAGGUAAGACGCACGGGUUUUUAACUCAAAAGCAGAUUAAUAAACUUAUUUCUUCGCAUUUUAUUCAUUGUAUGGACUUGAAGUUGAAUGUAUGUGGAGUAGCAUGUGAUGACUAG